GCCCUCAGCCCUCAGCAAUCCUUAGCAUAGGGGCACACUCAUGCAUUCCUGUCAAGUCAUCUUGUGAAAGGCUGCCUGCUUCCAGCUUGGCUUGGAUGUGCAACCUUAAUAAAACUCACUGAGGUCUGGGAGAAAAUAGCAGAUCUGCAGCAGAUAGGGCAGGGGAAAGGGUCUAGAAUAUGUACACGCAGCUGACUCAGGCAGGCUCCACGCUGAACGAUCACACGGAGAGGAAACAAUAAAUCUCAGCUCCUAUGCAAUAAAUAUCUCAAGUUUUAACGAAGGAAAGUAUCAUUACAGUGAAAUCUAAAAAAAAAAAAAAAAUAACCUUUUUGAGCAAGGCUAACAAAUGGCUAGUUUUCUAUGAUUCUUCUUCAAACGCUUUCUUGGAGGGGGAAAAAGUCAAACAAACAAGCAGUUUUACCUGAAAUAAAGAACUAGUGUAAAGGUCAGAAGAAAGGAGCGAGUUUUGCGAGAGGCACGGAAGGAGAGCGCUGGCAGUACAAUGACAGUUUUCCUUUCCUUUGCUUUCCUCGCUGCCAUUCUGACUCACAUAGGGUGCAGCAACCAGCGCCGGAGUCCAGAAAACGGUGGGAGAAGAUAUAACCGGAUUCAACAUGGGCAGUGUGCCUACACUUUCAUUCUUCCAGAACACGACGGGAACUGUCGUGAGAGUGCGACAGACCAGUACAACACGAACGCUCUGCAGAGGGAUGCUCCACACGUGGAACCGGAUUUCUCUUCCCAGAAACUCCAACAUCUGGAGCAUGUGAUGGAAAAUUAUACUCAGUGGCUGCAAAAACUUGAGAAUUACAUUGUGGAAAAUAUGAAGUCGGAGAUGGCUCAGAUACAGCAGAAUGCGGUUCAGAACCACACGGCCACCAUGCUGGAGAUAGGAACCAGUCUCCUGUCUCAGACUGCAGAGCAGACCAGAAAGCUGACAGAUGUUGAGACCCAGGUACUAAAUCAAACUUCUCGACUUGAAAUACAACUUCUGGAAAAUUCAUUAUCAACAUACAAGCUGGAAAAGCAACUUCUUCAACAGACAAAUGAAAUCCUAAAGAUUCAUGAGAAAAACAGUUUACUAGAACAUAAGAUCUUAGAAAUGGAGGGAAAGCACAAGGAAGAGUUGGACACCUUAAAGGAAGAGAAAGAGAACCUUCAAAGCUUGGUUACUCGUCAGGCAUAUAUAAUCCAGGAGCUGGAGAAACAACUAAGCAGAGCUACCACCAAUAACAGUGUCCUGCAGAAACAGCAGCUGGAGCUGAUGGACACAGUUCACAACCUUGUCAACCUUUGCACUAAAGAAGGUGUUUUACUAAAGGGAGGAAAAAGAGAGGAAGAGAAACCAUUUAGAGACUGUGCAGAUGUAUAUCAAGCUGGUUUUAAUAAAAGUGGAAUCUACACUAUUUAUAUUAAUAAUAUGCCAGAACCCAAAAAGGUAUUUUGCAAUAUGGAUAUAAAUGGGGGAGGUUGGACCGUAAUACAGCAUCGUGAAGAUGGGAGUCUGGAUUUCCAAAGAGGCUGGAAGGAAUAUAAAAUGGGUUUUGGAAAUCCCUCCGGUGAAUAUUGGCUGGGGAAUGAGUUUAUUUUUGCCAUAACCAGUCAGAGGCAGUACACACUAAGGAUUGAGUUAAUGGACUGGGAAGGAAACCGAGCCUAUUCACAGUAUGACAGAUUCCACAUAGGAAAUGAAAAGCAAAACUAUAGGUUGUAUUUAAAAGGUCACACUGGAACAGCAGGAAAACAGAGCAGCCUGAUCUUGCAUGGUGCUGAUUUCAGCACUAAAGAUGCUGAUAAUGACAACUGUAUGUGCAAGUGUGCCCUCAUGCUAACAGGAGGCUGGUGGUUUGAUGCUUGUGGUCCCUCCAAUCUAAAUGGAAUGUUCUAUACUGCGGGACAAAAUCAUGGAAAACUGAAUGGGAUAAAGUGGCACUACUUUAAAGGGCCUAGUUACUCCUUACGUUCCACUACUAUGAUGAUUCGACCUUUGGAUUUUUGAAAGCACAAUGUCAGAAGCAAUUACAAAAGCAACAAAGAAAUCUGGAGAAGCUGCCAGAUGAGAAACUGCUUGAAAACUUCUGAAGCAAACAAUAUUGUCUCCCUUAACAGCAACACGUGUUGGUCAUGUGAAGUCACCAAGGUUCUUGACUGUGGAUUUGUAGCCUUCUGAGUUCACGAAAGUCUCUACUUGGGGCCACCACGUUCAUAUGGCUUGACUAUAGAAUAUGCCACUGACUGCCAUGCUUUAAAAAGGGAAGAAACUGCUCAGCUUGCUGUGCUUCAAACUACUACUGGAUCUUAUUUUGAAACUACAGUAGCCAGAUGAUAAAUAUGGUUAAUGUCAUGUAAAGCAGAAAAAUGAAUAAAAAUAGAAUAUACACAAAGAAUAGAAACAGGCCUGCCAUAAUCUUUUGGAAAAGAUGUAUUAUUACACCAGUGAAAAGGUGUCAUAUCUAUGCAAACCUACUAACAAAUAUGUUUAUUCUGUUACACAAUUCUGAUAAGAGUUCAGGAAAAACAUCACAUUCCUCUGAGUUGGUUAAAUGUUAAUGGAUUUCAGAAGCCCAGUUCCGACAUCAUACUUAAUAGUUUAUUUGGUUUACCCAUCUUCAAAUGCAAGUUCCAGUUUUGCAAGCUAUAAUCAAUCAUAGAACAUGGAUAUUAACAAUGUGAGGCAGAAACAAACUCUAUUACUCUUUGAUUUUUUUUUUGACUUUUUUUUUAAAUUGACAUACUCAAGUAAGGACUUAUGAGGUAAAAAAAUUACUAUCCCCCUACUAUGGCUUUCAUUUAUUUUUAAAACUGACUGACUGAUAUAUAAAUAUAUUUAUAGCCUGAGUAAAGUUUGAAGAAUGAGAAAUAUAUCAUCAAGUUCUUAAAAUAAUAUACAUGCAUUUAAUAUUUCCUUUGAUAUAAUACCAGAAAGCAGUAUUUUGGAGUAUAUUAAGUUGGAGAAAAACCAAGUAAACUGGAGGAGUUCAUUUUACAGUAUCUUGCAUGUGUAUGCAUAUGGGUAACUUCAUUAUUUUAAGAUACAUUCGUUAUUUUUAGAAUUUCAGUUCUACACCCUGUAAUUUCUUACUAAAUUAAAUUUUAACAUGUUUACCAGAUUCAUCCUAUUCCAGCUUCUAUAGAAGAUACACUUUUAAGUGUAUGAAAAAUAAAAUAAUUAUAAAUACCAUUGUACUUAGCAUGUUUAUAUCCAUGAUAAACCUCAUAGCUAUUAAAUCUGAAAUAUGCAAUGUUGUCCUUAAUUAAUACAAAUAAACACAAGUGCUCCAAGAAAUCUAUUAUAUUGCUUGAUGAAACACAUUACUAUUCAUAUUUUUCUUCUUCAGUCUGCUUUCUAAGGCAAUUUUUAAUUUUUAAAAAUUAUUAUCAUUAGUGGAGAAAAUUGUAAAAACAUUGUAUAUUAUAUGUAAGGGAAACACACAUACACACAAAGAAAAUAAAUCACAGUUAUCUGACUAAUUAAGAGAAAUUCUGACUGUUAUCUGCUAUAAAUUUCUCAAUGAAAGUAUUUCUAUGGGAUAUUCUAUUUUAAGUGAAAUUUUGGGCACAGAUUUUUGUGGGAACUUGAAAUUAUUACAGUAUUUUAUAAAAAAAUUACUCUCUGCCUCUAAGUAUUCAAGAUUACAAUAGUGGACAGUUUUUUAAAAAUAUAUGGGUUAUUAUGGGAUGAGAGAAUUGAAAUAUAUACUGAGUCUUCUUUCUUAGAAAAUAACUUUUUUUUUCAAGGUAAUAAUACCAAUUUCAGAGUUGGGUGCUUGAUUUACCAUGCCUUACUAGCUUUCCUCCAUUUGAGAGGAUAAAGCUGUUCACAUUUUUAAUAAUUUGUUUUUAAAAAUUUACUACUAAGUCUUUUUAUAUUUAUGUAUCUGUAUACAAAUCUUUUUUUGUCUUACAAAUGAUAUUUGCAGGUAUUAUACAAUUUUUCUGUUCUUGAUGGUUCCUUCAUAGCACAGUUAAGUCUCCAUCCCUAAAAAUCUUCUUGAUUGUUUCCAUUUAGGUAAAAGAGAAUGAGUGUUUUGUUCUGUUGUGUUUCUACAGAAUUUUUUUUUUACCAGUCUGGAUAAAAAACUAUUUCUAAACUCAUAUUACAAAAAUAAAAUAAAAUAAUGAAAAAAAGAAAGCAUGAUAUCUACCAUUUUGUUAUCUGGGUUUUAAAAAUGAGAUAUUGUUUUCAAUUAUUUAUAAUAAAAGUAUAAAAUGAUUUAUGACUCCAUUAUGUGCAUUGUGUAAUGCUUACAUGCUUAUAGAAAUUUAUCAUAUAUAACCUUUGCAUUUAAUUAUUUCAGAAUAGGAUAAUUAGGCAUUCGAAUUUUGUCUUUAAAUUUUUAUUUCAAUAAAAUCCAUGGUUUUUAUUCAAAUUUCUUCAUUUCAAUCACAACAUUGAUUUUAAAAAUUGAAAAUAAUA